CGUCUUGGUGACGUCAAUCACUGGGCCCGCCGCCCUAUAUAAGGCGGCCGCGGCUUGCGAGUCGUUUUAGCGGCAGAGCCGGAGCCAGCGGUUGAAUCCCCAGCUUCUCCCGGACCGCAGCAGUACCCGCUAGCGCAUGUCCACUUGCCAGAACCUGCAGAGCUUCGAUCCCUUUGCUGAUGCACUUAAGGGUGAUGAUCUCCUCCCUUCUGGGACUGAGGAUUACAUACACAUAAGGAUUCAGCAGAGGAACGGCAGGAAAACCCUCACUACCGUCCAGGGGAUUGCUGAUGAGUAUGACAAAAAGAAGCUUGUCAAGCACUUCAAAAAGCAAUUUGCCUGCAAUGGUACUGUGAUUGAACAUCCAGAAUACGGUGAGGUCAUCCAGCUUCAAGGGGACCAACGCAAGAACAUCUGCAAGUUCCUGGUUGAGGUUGGCAUAGUUAAGGAAGAACAGCUCAAGGUUCAUGGGUUUUAAUUGACACUUCCUCUGCACUACAGCUAGAUAAUCAGCUCUGACUGGACUGUAUGUUCUGAUAAUGAAAGCCUGAAUGGCAUUGAACUUGCACAAUGAGCAGUUUAAUUAUCGAGCUCCUGCAGCAAGACCACUAGUCAUUUGCUUUUGUCCCAGCUAAGUUUUUUAAACAUGUUUGUGCUCUAAGAAAAAGCACAUGUUAGAACUCUUUGUACCUCUCUCUUUGUACCUCCCUGUAUAAUGUAUAAUAAAACCCACUUGAGAACUUGUUCUGACAAA